UAUCUCCUCUUCAUGACGGGCGAGCUCAUAGGUGGAUAUGUUGCUAACAGUCUAGCAAUUAUGACAGACGCACUUCAUAUGUUAACUGACCUUAGCGGUAUUAUUUUGACCCUGCUUGCUCUCUGGCUGUCUGCAAAAUCUCCCACAAAGAGGUUCACUUUUGGAUUUCAUCGCUUAGAAGUAUUGUCAGCCAUCAUUAGUGUAUUGCUGGUCUAUAUCCUUAUGGCAUUCCUCUUGUAUGAAGCUGUUCAAAGAACUAUCCAUAUGGACUAUGAAAUAAAUGGCGAUAUCAUGCUGAUUACAGCAGCCGUUGGUGUUGCAGUUAACUUAAUAAUGGGCUUUUUGCUGAACCAAUCUGGCCACCUUCACUCCCACUCCCAUUCCCAUCCUCACUCUCACGUACCUCAGUCCAACUCUCCUAACACAGCCCACAGCAGCAGCCAUGGACACAGCAGCCUUGCCGUGAGAGCAGCGUUUGUACAUGCCCUUGGGGACCUGGUACAAAGUAUUGGUGUGCUCGUAGCUGCAUACAUCAUACGCUUUAAGCCAGAAUACAAGAUUGCUGAUCCUAUAUGUACAUAUGUAUUCUCCAUACUGGUGGUUUUGACAACAGUUCGAAUUCUGUGCGACACAGGAGUUAUUAUUCUGGAAGGAGUUCCAAGGCAUUUAAACGUGGAUCGCAUUAAGGAAGACUUGAUGAAAAUUGAAGAUGUUUAUUCCAUAGAAGAUUUAAAUGUUUGGUCUCUCACUGCAGGAAAAACAACUGCCAUAGUCCACCUGCAACUAGUUCCUGGUAGUUCAUCUAAAUGGGAGGAAGUUCAGUCCAAGGCCCGACAACUGCUGCUGAACACAUUUGGAAUGUACAAGUGCUCUGUCCAGCUUCAGAGUUACAAACAGGAAAUGAGUAAAACCUGCGCAAGUUGUCAGAGUUCCAGUGCCUAAUCUCAUAUGUUUUGGGAACUGCUGCCUUAUUCUUUAUCUCGUAGUCAAAGACUGAGAGCAAUAAAUGCAAAAUGAAAAUGAUCAACUAGAAACCAUUAAUAUGUGGAUUUGUACCAUGUAACAUGCAGCAGGGAGAACUGGUGCUGCAAAAAGUGCAGUGGUUGCCCUACAGAAUAUGUAUUUCGCACUCUCCCUUGUACUGGUUUAUUCAAUUUAUGAUGAUUUUGAGACAAAGCUGUUUUCAGAUCGUUGUUUACAAACUGCAUCAUGGCUCUGCAGAUACCUCACAAAUUACAGUCCAAUAAUGUCUUUUAAUAACUAUGUACCACAAAGUACCUGCACUCCGAAUGGAGCAUCAAGUAUUCAGUAUUUCAGUUAAAGUCUCCAAUGCUGAUCAUGCCAGGGUUCUGUAAUAUGUCAUGAUCCCUGAAUUCAUUUUACAGUAUUUUUGCAAUAGUAAUUUUCAUACAGUAUCUU